CAUUAUUUUUUGUCUCCACGCUCACUGGCAGUCGUCCGGCUGUGGCUGUCGUGAGCGAAUCGAGGACGAUGGUUAAGUGCGGGCGACGUUUCGCUCGCCACGGUACCCCGAUGUGCAUUGGCGGUGUCGCGAUUAAUUCUCGAAAACAGUUGUAAAUAUCAUAUAACAGACGAGGCGGUUUUUGGUUCUGUCUCAUGCGCUGAUAUUAAUCAUGGCUUCGGUGAAGGUGGCUGUGAGGGUUCGACCCUUUAACAAAAGGGAACUUGCCAUGAACGCUAAACUGAUUGUUCAGAUGGAUGGGAAAAGAACAAGAAUCUUCAAUACAAAGACGCCAGGCAGCUGUCGGGACAUAGACAAAGAGAAGUACAAGGACUUCACUUUUGAUCAUUCCUAUUGGUCUUUCGACGCAAACGACGAGAAUUAUGCUUCCCAGGAAGAGGUCUUCUACGAUCUGGGUACGGAUGUUAUAGAAAGUGCCUUUGAAGGCUACAAUGCCUGUGUUUUUGCUUACGGCCAGACUGGAUCCGGAAAGACGUUUACGAUGAUGGGUUCACCGGAAUCUCAAGGCUUAAUACCACGGAUCUGUAAGACACUCUUCGCUCGUAUGGCAACUGGAAAGGAGAGCGGUGCGUCUUACAGGACUGAGGUGUCAUUUUUGGAAAUACACAAUGAGAGAGUGAGAGACUUGCUCAGGCCUGACCAGUCCCAGUCACAUUCUCUUAGAGUAAGAGAGCAUCCUAAAAGAGGGCCUUACGUACAGGAUUUAUCCAGUCAUCUUGUAUAUGACUAUUCGGAUAUUCAGGAAUGUAUGGUGAGGGGUAAUACGCACAGAACCACAGCAAGCACAAAUAUGAAUGACGUGAGCAGUAGAAGCCACGCGAUAUUUACAAUAACUUUUGUACAGGCCGGUUUCUCUGCAGGCAAUAUGCCUUCGGAGACGGUAUCGAAGGUACACCUUGUCGACUUGGCUGGAAGUGAAAGGGCCAAUGCGACCGGGGCUACGGGUCAAAGGUUGAAGGAAGGUGCGCACAUCAAUAAGUCUUUAGUGACUUUAGGUUCUGUGAUAUCGGCGUUAGCCGAGCUAAGCUCGAGCGACUCCAAUUGCUCGAAGCGCAGCGUCUUUAUACCUUACCGUGACAGCGUGCUGACCUGGCUCCUGAAGGACUCCCUUGGCGGUAAUUCGAAGACUAUUAUGAUUGCUGCGGUCAGUCCUGCUGAUUGUAAUUAUGGUGAGACCUUGAGUACUCUCAGGUACGCGAACAGGGCAAAGAAUAUCAUCAACAAGCCGACGAUCAACGAAGAUCCGAAUGUCAAGCUUAUUCGUGAACUUAGGGAGGAGAUACAGAAGCUGAAGUCACUGAUUGGGAAAGACAUGAGCGUUGAGAGACCGCCCCAGGUGCUUCUGGCACAGAUUCAUGAGAAACAAGAACAGGAGAAGGUGCUGACGGAGGAGUGGGCUGAGAAAUGGCGAGAAACUCAACAGAUUCUUCAGGAACAACGUGCUCUGGGCCUUAGAAAAAGCGGUGUAGGUGUGGUGCUCGAUUCUGAAAUGCCUCACCUAGUUGGCAUUGACGAUGACCUCCUCAGCACUGGAGUGACACUUUACCAUCUCAAAGAAGGGAGAACUCUUGUAGGAACCGAAGAAGCAACCACAGCGCAGGACAUCGUUCUAACCGGAGCAGACGUGGAGCCUGAACACUGUGUGGUAGAACUCGAUGGUGGAGUCGCGACACUCCAUCCACUCUCGUUGCACUGCUGGAUCAAUACCGCCCAGGUCGACAAACCUACAAGACUAUCCCAAGGGUGCAUAAUCCUCCUGGGUAGGAAUAACAUGUUUCGCUACAACGACCCAGUCGAAGCAGCUAAACUCAGGAAGGAGGGAAGCAUAGGAAAUGGGAAUCUGCAAUCGACCGUAGUCAACCUCUCCCGGUUAUCUUUACUUAGCUGGAGUGUAUCAGACCUUCACGCCUCAUCCUCAAGCGACAAUCUCCUAAACUCGAGCGAAGAUCUCCGCGCUCUGGAGGAACUAGAACAGCAAAAAGCCGCAUUAAUAAAGGAAAAAGAAGAUUUCAAGAGAGAACAGGAGGAACGCGAGGAGAGGUGGGCAGCUCGAAGGGAAGCUCUGGAAGGUGCUCAACGAGAACUAGAGAGAGAGUGGGGUGCGCAAUGGCGAGAAUGGGCUGAGGCAAUAGCAUCCUUGGAAUCACGACAGAAGGAACUACGCGCCAGACGUCAUCUUCUGGAACAAGAGCGUCGCGACGAGAUGACCCAAGUAGAAAGUUUGUGUAGGGAAGUCGCCUCACUGCGCACAACCCUCCAGUCAAAGCAGAGACAGUUCCAGGACUUCAUGAACACGCACGAUCAUAGCCAAAAUCCUCAUAAUGGGGAGAAGACUGACAAUGAUGGAGCUAGCGAUGGAAGUCUUCCUGAGUCUUGGUCCAGCCUGAACGAUGAUAAAUCUGUACAUGCAAUGAGAGAACUUGUGAAUCAUCAUAAGAGGGAACUGGCUGCAUUGGAGUCUCAACUGCAGACCAAAGUUAAAAUGCUAAAUGAGCAUCAGACCAAAGUUGAUAAGAUGGCCGAGGAGAUUAUAGAAGUUGAGGAGAGGCAGAAGGAAAUAUUAAAUUUGGAAAUUGGUGGCGAGGAGCUGAGUGAGAAGAAACUUCUCUUGGCGAAGAGGACGCAGGAACAGUUGCAAGAUAUCCUCAAACGCAAGCAGAGUCUCUCACUGAACUUGAAGCGUGCUCUGCCAGCAUCAUCCGAUGAUCAUUCAUCAAGCAGUGAUGAGAUGGUCUCCAGUUGUGACCUGAAAUCAUUUCAGGAUGAGUGUAAUAGAAAACUUAAGAUUGCAUCCGCUCUUAGUUUGCUAUGUCAGUAUGAUGUGCCAAGCUCUGUCGAUACAGCAGAGACUUUUCACACGGCUGCGGCAGACUCGCCAGAGCCUAGAAUACUAUUUCAGAGUGCGAGUACAGAAACCACCCUGGAGGCUAGAAUAGAGUCCAUUGAACAUAUCAAGGGUAGUAACCAAGAUACUGUGAUAAAGAGCACACUAGAUGAGAAUACAGAUUAUCUUACUGCGACUGCAGUAACUAAGAAACCUGAUAAGGAAAUGAUGGAGGAGACUGUCUUAAGAGAUCCAGAGAUAAGUUCUGAUCUUGAAGAGAAUACGAAGGAUGAUGUUCCUGAGGAUGAUUCACCUUCGGGAGUUACCUCACAAUCUCACUCAUUAGGCCAAGCCGAGUCUUGUGAGUCAUUGUCAACGACGGAGGAUUCGUCAUCGCAACACCAGGCGAUGAAAAGACUGAACCAAAGAGUAGCCCGUCAGAGGAUGCUGAUAAUGAGAUGCCUAGAGGGUAAUACGCCCUGCAAGGAGGACCUGGACCGUCAAAUAUCAAUUCUUCAGGAUCUUCAGCGGCAGCAGAUCGAACUGGAGGUGUCCCUGCUGGAGCAGGAACGUAAGAGUCAGCAGCAGGAGGAUCUCAGUCGGGAUGCUCGUCCUUCAACAGCGAUCUCGGAGCACAAUCACGAGGUUGCGUCUCGGCGAGACGUCUUCUACGGGUUCGAGGCCGGCAGCAACAGUUCAGCGACGCUUCCCAGUACUACCAGGUCCCACAUGAUGAGGGGAUCACGCUGCAGCAUCGCUGAACCUGUAUCCCAGUCCCACACAAUCGUGCCGAGGCUCCCGAGCGGUCGUGGAUACUCCUCGGUCUAUCUCACCGUAAGUAUCCGUCACGCGAUCGAAAACUCGUCGAGCCUCGUCGAGCGCAGGGCCGAUCAUUUCCAAAGAAAUUUCGAACGGCCGCAGAGUCAAAAUCGGAGCGAUCGUCUCACCAGUCCGUACUCCCUGACGAUCACGAGAUCCCUACCAUCACUGAUUGGGAACGACGGCGAUGGGGAGAACGUGAUCAAUGUCAUCGUCAGCGUGCCUUCAUACGUGAUCCGGGGUGCAGGGGCCAGUAGCCACUACGAGUACGAGGUACGCGUUGUGGCGCAGGAUGACAGCUGGACUCUUCUUCGUCGCUACAAGAGAUUCAGGGAGCUAUACAUAUCCAUGAGACAAAAAUACGGCAGUAAGGUGGCUACUAUAAGGUUUCCUCCACGACACGUCUUCCCCAGGUACGAGGUCGUUGCUCGACAACGAAGGAAACGCCUCGAAGAGUAUCUCCGAAGACUGAUACAGGUCUGCUCAGAACUACCACGUUGCGAACCUCUCUACAAGUUCAACGGGAACCUGAGUAACAUCGACAAACAGUCGCUUCUCGAGUUCAGCUCGUUCUUCCGGCGAGGUACAUUCGAGAGCAGCAAAUAUGGCACUAGUUAAGAGUCCGUCUUCGCUCGACUUCGAAUCCUCUUCAGGAUGAUGAAUUCUCAAUCACUAGAUCUCAUCACUGUCGAAAUCGAUUGCAAGGCAUAUCCUUUUUGUUUAUUUAUCACGUACUUUAGUUCUCUCUCACCCCGUAUAACGUGUCUUCUAUUAUUCAAUCAUACCUGAAAGGAGGAUAUCCAAAAGGAACCCACGAGUUACUUUGACCUCGUGAUAUCCUUGAUCUGAAUCUGUUCUAUUGUUACAUUAAAUGGAACGGAUGUAUUCUCAAUAGAAUCUAUAGUUCCACCGAUCUUUUAUAGAAUUAAUGAUAAAUUUAAAAGAAAAGGCAAAGAGAAAAUACAACCACGACGAUCGCUAAAUAUAAAUUAUGACUCGAGUAAAAUGACUGCUUCUUAAUAAUCGAAUACAGCAUCUUUAUAGUUAGUAAUGAUACCCGUCGAGUCCUGUAAACGUGCUUCUGAGUGAGACUAUCAGUAUUCAACCGAACUGUGCACCACGGUAGGGAGCUUAAUAAAUCAACAAAAGCGCGGACCCAAGGUAUACAAUCUCAGGAACAGUUUGGUUCUGAUCUAAGGAAAGUGAUUAGAAAAUAACCAGUCGGUAUGAGCUCUUUUUUCUCUAUAAAAUUAAUGAAUCACGAAAAAAAACAUACGGAGUAAAGAGGAAGCAACAUGAUGAGCAGAAGAAGACGAAGUUUAAAUUAUAUCGCAAGAGUAACUCUUUGACCGGAACUUGACUGAUUAUGAGAAUCUAUCGUAGAGUGAAGAUAGCUUCCGUUAAUAAUGUUAAUAGCAUGAUUCUAAUAGCAUAAAUAUUUCGCAAAAGAUAGGAAUUAACCGUAUCGCUGUUAAUGUUCUCUUCGUAUGACCGACCAUAAUGUAUAUCUGCCUGAGCAGGGCGAGAACCUUUAACUAUCACGGGUGAAGUUGACCAAACGUUUAUUAUUAUUAUUAUUAUUAUUAUUAUUAUUAUUAUUAUUAUUAACCCUUAGAUAACGCUUCAUUAUGAAUCUGACAACUACAUAAGACUAACGUUCAAUGUAAUGGUAUAAGAUGGCGACUGAAGGAUUUAUAAUGAUAAAUCGAGAAAAAAUAACUAUUUAUUGCAAAUGCAGGAAAAAAAUAUGUUCACGUUUCUCAUUGUUACAUAUGAGCAAGCAAUUGGAUGGAAAGGCUUUUAUCUUUGUUUUUGUAAUUACAUGAAAAUGCUAUCAAAUUGAUCAAUAUGUUGGAAUCAAGUUUAUUUCAUUGUCAGUAAAACACUUGGGAUUGAGAGCUAAUGAGAAAUUAAUAAGUUGCGUAAAGAAAAUUAAAAAGGAAAAAGAGAAGAAAUAUAUGUUGUAUUGACUGGAUUGUAAUAAUUUCUAUGGCUGUGUAUACGGAUUUAAAAAAAAAUGAAACCGGGUGCCUAGAGGUCGAAGUGCAUAAAUAACCCCGGAGAUACUUUUAUGUACAUUAGCGAAUUAUUAAAACAUAUAUAUCUAUAUAUAUAUAUGUAUAUUCUGACGAACAUUACCUCAUGUUUCGUACGACUUCCAAAUGAAAUUUAAGAAAUUAAUUGAAAAAUUAUAUUCACUACCGCUUUUUUACUAUUUGAGAGGUGAGCUACGUUCUGUAAAUAUGUAAGGACGGAUACAAUAAAUCAUCAUAUCCGUCUGCAA